AUGAAAUUGCUGGCUAUAAAAAUCUCCUCAAAAUUGAAACGUGCAUCCUGCCCGACGUUUGCCGAUCACGACAGAAUCAUGGCGUUGUCCCUUUGCCAGCUGUGCUUGGUGCUAAUACUUGUGGCUCUGACCUCAGCCUGGAAACCAUCCUUGUGUCAGCUUCCUAAAGACACUGGCCCCUGCAGGGCCUACAGCCCCCAGUACUACUACAACAGUCAGACGUGUCUGUGUGAGAAGUUCGUGUAUGGAGGGUGUCUGGGAAAUGCAAACAGAUUCGUCACUCUGGAGGACUGCCGGGACAGAUGUGGAGGUGGUGACCUCUGCAGCCUCCCUAGAGAUUCGGGGCCUUGUGACGCCGAUGUUCGCAGGUGGUGGUACAACAAACGUACAAACAGAUGCCAGUUAUUCAGCUAUGGAGGCUGUAAGGGAAACGCCAACAACUUUAAGACACUGGAUGAGUGUCGCUUCCAGUGUCGGUGGGGAAGGCCGUGGUGAAACCUACAUGACGCACACAACCUACAAUAAAACAUGAUUAAUGUAA